GCCUCCUAUUGUCUCGCUUCGCCUUUGCUUCAAUUCUCCCCAACACUUCUUUAAAAUCAAAGCCUUCUUUUCUAGUUCCCUUUCAGAGUCUCUUCCGAUCCUCUCCGCUAAAGAACAGAGACUCUGUUCUCAACCCCAAAACUACCAUGAAGAACACCACCAAUAACAACACCAAGCUCAUCCUUCUCCACCCUUACAUUCACAAGCAAGGAAGUUCCAAUCGCCUGUGGCUUCUGGCUUUCAUAUCCCUCUUCACGGUCGCCUUCCUCCUCACCCUCAUUUACACUCGAGAGUCGAUCUCUCCGGCCCCUGCAAAACCCUCCAUCGUCGCCACCUCUGUUUCUGGUAUCAACAACGCCCCUUUACCGCCCACCGUCAUCAACACGCUUCUCCACUACGCCUCCAAGUCCAAUGACACCUACCACAUGCCCUACUCGGACCUCAAGCCCAUCUCCGACGUGCUUCGGAAAUGCUCCUCGCCGUGUAAUCUCCUCAUAUUCGGUCUCACCCACGAAACUCUGUUGUGGAAAGCCCUGAACCACAAUGGCAGGACAGUGUUCAUCGACGAGAACCGGUACUACGCGGCGUAUAUUGAAGAGAAGCAUCCGGAAAUCGACGCGUAUGACGUGCAGUACACAACGAAGAGGCGCGACAUGAAGGAGCUAAUAGCCUCGGCGAAAGAGCAGGUGAGGAACGAGUGCAGGCCGGUGCAGAAUCUGCUGUUCUCGGAAUGCAAGUUAGGAAUCAAUGACCUUCCGAAUCACGUGUACGACAUGGAUUGGGAUGUGAUAUUGGUGGACGGACCGAGGGGGAACUGGCCGGACGCGCCGGGGAGGAUGUCGGCUAUAUUCACCGCCGGCGUGCUGGCAAGGAGUAAGAAAGGGGGGAACCCAAAGACGCACGUGUUCGUGCACGAUUUCUCCGGGGAGGAUGAGAAGGUGUGCGGGAGGGAGUUUCUGUGCCCGGAGAAUCUGGUGGAGGUCACUGGCAAUUUGGGGCAUUACGUGUUGGAAAGGAUGGAUGAGAACAGCGUCCGGUAUUGUAAGAAUCAGACGUCGUCCUCGUCGUCGUGACCAUCUUGUUUUUCGGUUUCCUUCUCAGUAGAUCGCCUUUCAUUUCAAGUCCACGUUAUCAUCAUGUAUACUGCUAAAAGAUAUACUUAUUUAUGAAUUAUUUUCAUUUUGCUACAUACUCUUGGUCAGUGCUGGUGAUUGUAAAAUGAAUUUUUUCCUCCCAUUUCAUUUUCUACCACUGUAUGGAAACUAUGCAAUUUCUUUUA